GAUCGAGGGGAAAUCGCGAUGGAGGCGAUUCUAGUUCGCGACCAAAGGACCACUUCGCACAGAGUUCUCGAACAUCGAGCAUCGCCGAAUAAACCGAUGGGGGCCGAUUGCCCCGGCGUCGGGGCUACCGAUACCAAAUGGUACAAAAGAGUUCUGGAUAAGAGCUUCCUAUACGAAGCUGCGAUUAGUCCGACGAUAGAGAGAAACGAUCGGAACGAGAGACGCUUAUCCCGUGAUUCCGCGUGUCCUGUACCUGCUUUUUACGACGAUCGAGGGAUACGAUCGAGACGCAACCCAUCGUCAGACGUCACCGCGACCACGUGGCUCAGGUUAGGCAGUCUUUUGGUGAUCUUGCUGGUGGUCUCGGUGCACGCCGCUCCAGCGAUGACCCUCGAGGACAAACGACUGAGCUCGACCCCCAAGUGGGUGAAUCCUUGCGGCCUCGCGGCCGAAGAUUUUACCGGAGAUUUGGAAGUGGUGCAGCUCACGGACUCGCAGCUCCUUCAUCAGGUCGUCGUUCAAGCGAAAACAGCGCUGAUGCACGCCAAACUUUUUCGCGACGAUUACGCUAGAAGAACGUACAAAAUCGACUUUGCCGAUCUACAUUCGACCUUCAAAGAUCAUUACAAUUGGCUUCCUGGCCCGAACGAAAUUCCCAAGGAACUAGGAGAGAACCUGAAUCAAGAAUACCUUGACAGAUUAGAACUCGAUACAGCCCUCAUCGACGCGUAUGAAUACAUGCAAAAGUAUGCCGUGGGUCUGGAACAGAUUGUUUGGGAUCAAGAGGAUCUUCAACUCGAGUUUCGCAACCAAUUUAAGGAGACCGAAUACAAACUGCGAACGGUGCUGUGCGAGCUGCAGGUAGCGCUAGUGGAACGUCAACUGUCGUCACGGCCAGACGUGACACGGGACAUCAUGAAGCCCGAUUUCCGGAAACAAUCUUCGGAGACGCAUCGAAAUUUACGCGAUUGGUUGAUCUUUCGGGAUUACAUGAACGGGCUUGAAUACGUGAUACAGGUGUUCGAACACCUACGCCGUGGACUUCAAUCCUGAGGGUGGCAAGGCGGAAGCCGAAGAAGGGCUACCAG